AAGCUUAGAGUCUCACCUCUUCUCCACUCUCCUUCAUCUUCUGUCAUAGCCGCUUGCUGCUCUUGAAUCUGUCUCUUGGGUUGAUCAAAUUAUCCAUCUGGCGCCUUCCUGCCAGUCAUGCCCUCCAGAAAAUAAGCUCUUGAACCGUUUAUAACGCUGCUGCUGCUGCUGCUGCCACCACCACCCAGCAUGCCUGGCCUACACCUUUCAGUCUACUUUCGGGCACUGCUGAUCAGCUUGGCUCUUCAAGGUCCAUUGCCAUCGCUGGGAGACAAUAUUGACACCUCUCCAGUAGCCCUGUUCUCCUCCAAUGUCAGCAAGCAGUUUGGAUAUCAGGUCCUGCAGUUUGGAGAAGGCCCUGACACUAGGAUCAUUGUGGGAGCCCCCGGUGAGCAGAACUCCACAGGCAAAGUAUACCAGUGUAACAUGCAGAGCGACACAUGUGAAAAUGUCCCGCUUGAUGGGGGCUCCGGGGUGUCCCACCUUGGCAUGACCCUGGCAAGCGACGUGCAAGGGUCGAAGAUGAUUGCAUGUGGGCCAGGACUCGCAGAGUACUGUGACAAAAAUCUUUACCUGAGCGGGAUCUGCUAUCUGUUUGAUGCCAAACUGCGCAACCCAGAGAGCAUAAAGACCGGAUACCAAAAGUGCUUGAAAGGGAAUGUGGAUCUGGUGUUUCUCUUCGAUGGGUCAGAAAGCAUGAAAAAUAAGGAUUUCAGCAACAUUACGGAAUUUAUGAUUGGUGUGAUGGACGGACUACGCAACAGCACCGUACAUUUUGCUGCUGUGCAGUUUUCGAGCUCACCCAAAAUUGAGUUUGAUUUCAAUGACUAUACAAGAAACCCCAACCCUCGAGCACUCUUGAAAGGAGUGACACAUAUGAAAGGCAUUACGAACACCUUCAAGGCCAUCAGAUGUGUGGUGGAUCAAGUUUUCAUUCCUGAGCGUGGCAUGCGGAAAGGAUCAAACAAAGUGAUCAUCAUUAUCACCGAUGGAGUUGCCACAGAUAUUGACAAUGGGGUCAUAGCCUCUGCCAAGAAAAAGGGCAUCUUACGCCUUGCCAUUGGGAUUGGGCAUUAUUUUAACACUGAAGAAGCUCAGGAUAAGCUCCGGAAAAUUGCCUCAGAACCCACAGACCAGUUUGUGAAGGUGCUGGCCACUUUUGAGGAGCUCAGAGGCAGUUUCAACGACCUCCAGUCUAAGAUCUAUGCAAUUGAAGGUACCAGUGAUACUGGCUCGUUCCACCUGGAGUUGUCAUCGAGUGGACUCAGUGCAGACAUAUCCCAGGGCCGGGUGAUCUUGGGUGCUGUGGGUGCUGACAACUGGGCAGGGGGGCUGCUAGAACAGCAGAAGGGUUUGGCCAGCGAAAAGUUCAUCACGACCCCCUCAGUCAGGAAGGAGAUGGAAGGAGCCUACUUGGGGUAUGCACUGAAAUUUCUACAGCAUCAACAGAGAGAGCUCUAUGCUGCUGGUGCCCCUCGAUAUCAACAUGUGGGAAGAGUCCUCAUAUUUGAGGUCAACCCCAGCACAACCAAUUGGACAUUAAAGCAGGACAUUCCAGGGCAGCAGAUCGGAUCAUAUUUUGGGGCAGCGCUCUGCUCUGUGGACGUAGAUGGCGAUAAGGAAACAGACCUCCUCCUUGUUGGAGCUCCUCAGUAUUUCACAGAGAUGAGAGGGGGGCAGGUUUACGUGUACACCUGGAAGCAGGGUACUCUUGUUCACCAGGGGGAGCUGACUGGGGAUCCAGGAUACCCCUUGGGCAGGUUUGGAGUGGCCAUCACAGACCUGUCAGAUAUCAGUGGGGAUGGACUGGUGGAUGUGGCCGUCGGAGCCCCCUCGGAAGACAACGAGAGAGGUGCUGUCUACAUCUACAACGGACACGAGAAGACCCUGCAGAUGCAGUACAGCCAGAGAAUUUCAGGAGCCAGCAUUUCUCCUGGCUUGGUCUUCUUUGGACAGUCUAUCCAUGGAAAGAGAGACCUCGAUGGAGAUGGCCUCACCGACAUUGCAGUGGGAGCUCUGGGGAAGGUUGUGGUGCUUCGCUCCAGACCCAUCAUUACCGUGGUGACAAAGGUGCACUCCUCGCCCAAGGAAAUCCCACGGGAAGAUGUGGAGUGUCUGGGUGAUGCCAGCACCUGGAAGAAUCUGGUGGUCGACCUCAGCAUCUGCUUCAGCACUAGCUUGGCCACCAAGCACUACCAAGGACCCCUCUCUCCCAAGCUCUCCUUCCGCCUUGAGAUCGACCGGAACAGGAUGAGGCACCGAGGAGUGUUUAAGAAUGACACAAAAGUCACAGAUGGGGUGAAGGAACUCUCUCUGGGAGAAGUGUGCAUACAGGAGAGCAUUAUAUUCAAGAGCUGCAUUGAGGAUUACAUAUCGCCUAUCAAGCUCUUUAUGAACUUCUCUCUCGGGCGUGACAACAACCCUGACAAUGGACACCCCAGACUUGUUCUGAGCCCCCUAAGUAACACAGCGAUGGUGGAGAUUCCUUUUGACAAGCACUGCGGGGAAGAUCAGGUGUGUCAUGCUGACCUGAAACUCUCCUUUCACAAUUCAGGGUCUCAGGAGCUGGUUGUGUUUCCUGGAAGAGACUUGGACAUGAGCUUGGAGCUGGAGAACCGCAAAGAGGAUGCCUACUUCGUGACCCUCCACGUGCCUCACAUACCGGGCCUCUCCUUUCGCAAAGCUUGGGUGUCCAACGCUCUGCUCAUCAUGGGCUGUGAUGGGCUACUGGAUAGCCAGCACCUCAAGGGUCUCUCUUGCAAUAUCAGCCAUCCUGUCUUCAAGAGCAAUACUAAGGCUUUAAUUCAGCUCAAGUUUAGCAUCCUCAGCAACAGCUCCUGGGGAGAUUACUUGGAGAUGAAGGCAAAUGUCACAAGCGACAACAACGUGAAUGAGACUCUUGACACCGGGGCCAGUCACACCAUCCCUGUCCGGUACCCCAUCAACAUCAUUGUCAAGGAGUCAGAAACAUCCAGCCACUAUGUGAACUUCACUUCCCAACGUCAAGAAAACAAGACCGUGACACACACGUAUGAACUAACAAACCGGCCCUUGGGUGCUUUCACACCUCCUGCACUUUCGGUGAUCGUGAAGGUGCCAACCGCCUUACCUGCCGGGCUGACCUGGGAGGUGGAUAACAUCCGAACAGUUCCCCCUGCAGUGUGCCAACCCAUGGAAACAGAGAAUAGCAUAAAGGUCCAAGUCAAGUUGACUGAGCAAUGUGCGGCCGGCACUUACCUCACCUACAAGUGUGAUCUUGGACAGAUCAAUUCCUCCGUAAUCCAUAUCACUGGGUUGAUGUAUACCCAAAGCAAAAUUGAGAAGACAACUCAGUUCAAGUUUUGCACAGCCCUGUGGUUUACGUUUGAUACGACAAGAUACACAAAUUUCUACCCGACUGAAUUUGCCCAAUUUCAGGUUGCUGAGGUGGAGAUGAUUCAUGUGAUGAACUACCUCCCUGUUAUAAUAGGCAGUGCUGUCGGAGGUUUGUUCUUGCUAAUUCUCAUCAUUUUAUCACUUUACAAGUGUGGAUUCUUCAAACGUAAUUAUAAAGAGAUGAUGGACCUUCAAGAAAAUAAUAACGCAGUAGAUUUAGAAGACAAUCCGGGGGGUGAUACAGAGAAAGAAGCCAAACCAGACAGCAAUGAAGGGAGCGACAGUGAAAAAGAAGCCAAAGAAAAAACAGAACUAUUGAAUGGAGAAGCCGAUACCAAAUGAAUAGAUCAGUCUCCUCCCCACAGACGGCAGUCAAGAUAACUGGUCUAAAUGUGCAGGGAAGGAAUGAGUGACUUUUCUGUUGCCAACAAGGACUUAUGCUCAACUUUUUAUAAUUUGCAUACAUGUUUCUUU